CCUAGAGACAAAAUAUGAAGUUCUCUUCUCCUUUCGUUCUCUUCUUUCUUUUUUCUUUUGACUUGGUUGGCAGGGUCAGGGCCUUUCUCGCUGGGCGAGCGCAGUAGAUUCUCCAUUUCCUAAACCACUUCCCGUUCAGUUGUUUAAAGAUAGAGAGAAGCUUUCGAAAUGAUAUUGAGUUCCACAAAUAUGCAGGCUAGAAAGAUGCUAUUUGUUGCUAUUCCAUCUAUUUGUGCGUCAAGUUCGAAGAAGAUCUCAAUCUAUAAUGAAGAAAUGAUAGUAGCUCGUUGUUUUAUAGGCUUUCUCAUAUUAAGUCGGAAGAGUUUAGGUAAGACUUUCCAAGUAGCUCUCGACGGGAGAAUACAGGCUAUUCAGGAAGAAUCGCAGCAAUUCCCCAAUCCUAACGAAGUAGUUCCUCCGGAAUCCAAUGAACAACAACGAUUACUUAGGAUCAGCUUGCGAAUUUGUGGCACCGUAGUAGAAUCAUUACCAAUGGCACGCUGCGCGCCUAAGUGCGAAAAGACAGUGAAAGCUUUGUUAUGCCGAAACCUAAAUGUUAAGUCAGCAACACUUCCAAAUGCCACCUCUUCCCGUCGCAUCCGUCUUCAGGACGAUCUAGUCACAGGGUUUCACUUCUCAGUGAGUGAAAGAUUUGUCCCCGGGUGUACGUUGAAAGCUUCUAUAGUAGAACUCAUUCGAGAGGGAUUGGUGGUCUUCAAAAUGGUUCGCAUUAGAAGAGGUCAAAACGAAUGCACAAAAUUAUGAUUCUGAAGAAAAUUCGAGCUCAAAGAGCGUUAUUCGAAAUCAGAAUCGAAAUCUUGAGAAGACAAAACUAAUAAUAGCCAUCCACCGCAGCAAAAAUAGUAGCUUCGCGAGUGGGGGUUUAUCUUAAGAAUAAAGAAGACGAAUAGAAAAUCAUUCAUGUUCAUGCUAACAGAAGAGCGGAUCCAAUACCAAGACGACUUCUUUCUCGGGAAGUGCAGCAAUUAUGGAAUUGUGGUAGGUUUAAUAACAGGACUCAAGGUUUAAGUCAAAUCAAUACCUUCCAACUGGUUGUUGUAUCCUUUGGCAACUAACCGUGCUUUAAAGCGCUCAAUGGAACCAUCUGACUUUAGUUUGGUUUUAAACACCCAACGAGAUCCAACAAUGUUCAUGCCAUCAUGGCGAGGAACCAAGUCCUCAUCAGGCAAGAGCGGUGACCUAUAGCUAAAGCUCCCUAAACACUAACAAUAUAUCCCCGUCAUGGGGCGUACAAGCGCACACAACAAUUGCAAACGGUCCAUGUAGAGGAAGUCCCCCAGCAGCCGAAGCUUACCUUGGUUUCAACCCCGUCUUCGAUAUAGAAAGAAAGGCUUAAACCAACCGCAACUGACAUCUAGCGGAGGGAUUCAGUAAUAGCGGUCUGGCUUAGCUCAUUCACUACCUGCUUCAAUCUAUCACCCAAGAAAGCCUUGGAUUUCUUUGAAAUUGACUAACAGGUUGACUCCACUGAGUAAGUUGGGUAGCACGGCAUAUGGAUAUUGGGUAAAAAAACCUAUUUGCUCCAUUUGACCAAAAAUGCACUUCAAAAGAGAUUGUUCACUGAGAGCGAGCGUAAGGUUCAAUGAAAUAGACCUUCAUCCAUAGAGCAGAGGAACCAGACAGAUUUCGCACCGA